ACCUUCUCCCCACUGCUAUUCCAGAUCAGUUCUAGCAUCUAUGACCCGCCCCUGGUAAAACAUCAUUGUCUAUGGCACGACUGUCAGCGCAGCUUGAGGAUCGCUGUGUCUCGCAACCAUGCAGUCAUCCAGGCCUCCAUCUCGGCCCAAAAUGUCGGACUGGACUCCGCAACCUCCCUUAGCUGUCUUCGUUCGCAACCUCCAGCUGUUGCAACUAGACUAUCAUGAUGACUGGCCAGGCAUCACAGUCCGCUCCUUAUCUCCCUCAUCGCAGAACCAGCGUCAACGCGUCAAGGCCGUCGAAUGGGCACUAUAUCGAUUAGUGGCACUUUGGGACCCGGAAACCGCUCGAGAUAAACUACGGCCUUUCUUUCCUCCGUUAGAACCAUUACAGUCGGUCAAUCUACGCGCCGCCCUAUUUCGUGUGUUAUCCGAAUUGAAGAAGAAUGGAGACCUAGGAAAAGAGACUAUCUUGCGCAAGUCAAUGCUUGAUGAUUGUAAAGGGGAGAAAUUUGAUGAGCUUCUGGCGAUAUUCUCUACCGCCGUCCUACGUAAAGCUCUGGCCGCAUCGACGGACGAUGGUCUUGGGACCCCGGCUGUCAAGCUUUCAAUGGCCCCAGGAUUGACACAGCAAGAGUAUCAAUGCAUGAUUCCCCUCAUUCUUGCUCAUCGAGUCUCCCUGAAGGAGGUAGGGGAGCGUCGCAGUCGAAUUCAGGACACGCACGAGAGUUUCUCGCAGUUGUUGGAUCACAAAAAGAACCAACUAGAGCUUCGGUCUAAAGAAAAUCGUCCUAAGAUCAGCGGCGAGGCGGACUUUAAUCAAUUAAGCCGGGAAAUCAAGGCUAACUGGACGGGCAAUGCGGAAUGGCCCGACACUCUGCUAUAUGGGGGUGCUCACAGUAGCAGUGAUGCCUUUCUAGAAUUACCGUUCUCAACGGCGUGGUCCAAGGCAAAGGCGUCGACGGUAGAGGAUCUUAAGACAAGCUCAGCUCCAGAUCUGUUGAUCGACUUGGAGUCCCGCAUCUUGAGACAGCGUGCCCGCUUGCAGAGAUGGCACCAGUAUCGCAGUUCAAUGCAAAGACAUGAGCGUGCAGAAUCGGCGAACUCGAUAAAGGGUCCCUCCCUAUCAUUCCGGGACCAUCAGGCACUUACUAUCGCCAGCAUCUCCAAGGCGGUUCGACAACCAGUAGAACGCGUUGCUCCCAAGGCAGAUGAUCGCACCCUCCUAUUCUCUUUGACUGAAGCACUUGCUCGAAUCGAAGGCUCCCACCGCUCAGCUUCACGAGCCACUCCACUACAUGCGCCCGUAGUUGGCAUGGACCGCCGUAAUCUUGAGCCUGAAUCAACGUCUUCGAGUGACACGUCAUCUCCUCUAGUGACCCAACAAGAUACUUGUGUCAAAAGCACUCCUUCGGGCGGUACAUCUGAAGCAGGCGAUGAUAUAUGUCGAUCUAGCUCUCCCUCAGUGCAAAUCACUUCUGAUCUGGAGUUCAAACCCACUCAGCGGAAGGAACGCAGCACAUACGACCUGAUUGAACGAACACGGAAAUCCAUGUCCUUAGUUCCUCCUCCUUCAAGUAACCCGCGGCCUAGAGACAGUCUGCGGCCUCGUCGUCCGCGGCCCUCCUUCCCAGUGAACCAAUUCGAACUAGAUGAGAGACAAACCCCUGAAAUCAGCAGAGCAUCCACACCGCGUGAUGAGCUGUUCGAAGAAGAGGCUGACUACGCCAGUGUUUUCAAGUCCCGCCCACGAGUCGCACAUAGUCCCAUCACCUCACCAGCAGUGCAUGUAAGCGCUGUUGAAGACUUCGAUCUCAGCAUGGACAUGGAUUCUAGAUUGGAGAUGAGCGGGGAUUUGGGCUUGGAUUCGCCCUCGAUCAAGCGGCGCGAUGCUCAAAGAAUUCAUAGAACAUAAUAACCAUAUAGAGAGUAUACCCUUAUAACCUAGCUAGCUUGUUAAACUAACCCUAUAAUACACUUACACCGAUCCUAAUUACGCCAGUAAUUAAUCAUUGACUCUACCAAUAUCCCGGAUGUUAUUA